CUGUUAACAAAGGUCGUGAUCGCUCACUCUCACCAUGACGAAAUAUCGGAAGAACAAGCUCAAGCACCCAUAGAUGCUAUACUAUGGAUACACAUCGCUCUGCAGGCCAUAGUCUGGGGCGUUUUGUUCCCGAUUGGAAUGGUGCUGGGAAUUACUCGAAGUCGAUGGCAUGUCCCACUUCAGGCCACAGGCUUCGCGCUGACUUUUGGCGGUUACAUCCUAGGUCACUCUCAUAAGGGCCGCAUGUUCCCGAGGUCGGCGCAUGGAACGUUCGCGUCGAUACUUUUGGUUCCAAUUAUUGGCCAACUCAUCCUUGGAAUCUACCUAAAGCUUCACAUCCAUGAAAAGUCGAUCAGGCCAUAUGCGGUUGUUGCUCAUGGUAUCAUUGGAAAACUAUACCCAAUACUUGGCUGGACGCAAAUGUUGUUCGGCAUUAUUACAUUUCGAGGUUAUUGUUCGAGUGAUUAUUUGGAGCAAUGUAUAGCCCAUUAUACGAUGGGCAGCAGUUUUAUUGCUCACGCUAUAAUUAUGGUAAUUAUCUUGCUUGUUGGAGAGUCUUGGGUACGACGAAGCGGUCGGAGCCCGGAGUGGUGGGAUUCGUGGGUUAUUAUGAUAUGGGUACUACGUGCAGUCAACACCUUUACCGAGCAUGACGGUGGAGUCUGGACUGUUGAAGACAUGCAGCACACGAUACUUGGGGUCCUUUGGUGGACAGGUGGAAUUCUCGGCAUUUUUUUGUCAAGAAAUAAUCAGCGCAAUGUUGUCCCUGCGGUAAUAAUCAUUCUGACAGGCUGGGCCAUGUCAGACCACGUUCAAGCCCUCAUGAUCUCGACCAAGGUUCACGCAAUGUGUGGAUACACCCUCAUGGUGGCUGGUUUGGCUCGUAUCGUCGAAGUCUGCUUCUUCAUACCGAACGAUAGAAAGGCAGCGGCAGCACAAGCAUUCCGUCAUCUCCCUCCUUUCUACAUCCACACCUCGAUUAUCCUGUUUAUUUCCGCCACAGAUGAAGCAUUAGAGUAUGUGCAUGAAAACGGGAUGGACCAUGUCACAUAUGUCCUCAUUAUGUUCAGCUCCGCUUUUGCAUUGUACACGUUUAUCCUUUUCCUCAUCCAUCUCUAUUCC